AUGCCGUCGCUGAGCUCUGUCGGCGUCGCCACCCUGGUCAUUCUAGCGGCAGCGGGUCCGUUUUUGCAAUUCGGGUAUGCGGGAGGUGUUCUUGACUGCACAGAACCCACGGAAUGUGGCUCUACGCCGCCGCCAGUAAGGCUUGCUUCAUCUGCUCCCAGCGUGUGGAGAGCGGCUGUCUGUGCAUUCCUGGCUUCGCCUGUGAAAAGAGGGUCAUUUUCUGUAGGUCCUCUCGACGGAUCGCCUUCGCUUACCAUUGACGCGCAGUUGCCACUGCAUCAUGAUGAUCCAGUCUACGCGGCUGCCCCUUUUGUAUGUCUACUGCUCGCGCUUCUGGUGGCGGAUUUCUUAACCGUCAGUGCAAAGUAUCUGUGGGUCGUCAGUAAGCGUAGCUGUCCGCAGCGUUCUGCUCUCAAUAUCGCUUCGUUUAAGCGUUUUGUCGGUUACAUUGUUGCGGCGCCGGGCAACGCUUCCAUGGAGGGUUCAAGCGGAGGAGAGGGGACGGGAGUACGCGACGAUGGCGUUCCGGAGCCGCUACACCGGGCGUCUGGGGUUCGACGUCGAGCGCCAGGUCAGAGCGAAGGGGGGAGUCAGCUCGCAGGCGCCGAAUCCGGUCGUGCCGAAGAUGAGGCGGAGGGAAACUGUCAGAUCUUAGUGAGAGAACUACGGGCGCUACGGGCAGAAAACGCUGCCGGGGGCCGAGGGGGCGCUUCAGAUUUCGUCGCUCAAGCCAAGCUGCAGCGGCGCAUUAUUCGUCUCGAGCAACAACUGGAGAAGACGGCGAGGGACCGGACAGCAAGAGGAGACUUGGGAGACCACGAACACACCGGGGAUGUCUACGACAUGAUGGAUUCGGUGUUUGGCUCGGGAAGGCGUCAGCGUAGUUUCCUCAUAGGGCUUGAAGGAGCUGUCGGUCAGGCAGUGAACCGCACUGUCGCUGCAGUCGCUUCAUCCCUCUUCAAGGUACGCAACGUCCCACUGCUCCCCAAAGUGACUGGCUUUCAAGAUCUGAACCAGUAG